GUGGGGCCCUCACCGCUUGGACAAGGGAGGUGCAGCCUGAACUUGCAGAGGUGACUUUAUGAACACUUGUGCAGGGGUGGGGUGCGGGGUGACACCAGGGCUCCCGGCGUUGGCUGAGCAGCAGAAUCACCUUUCCCUCACCUGCCAGCUGAGGAUCCCCAGGCCUAGGUGCUGGCAAGCUGUGUGGCUCCCAGGGGCCUUCGGAUGUGUCCCACCUGACAUGUGGGGGCCCACAGUGUCCCCGUAGCCACUUGGUGGAAUAUUCACGUGUGAAAUGUGGAAGCGACCUGAAUCAUGUGCAGUGUGGAGACCCCACUCAUUGGGGUUCAGGAGACCCCCUGCCAGUGCCUGCUGUCGAGACUUGGCCAGUCCUUGCCCUUAUCUUGGCCUCAGUUUCCUCACUUGGUCAGCAGGAGUGGUUCAGAUGAUUUUGUUCCGUGAUUCUUGGUUCCAAGCACUGAUGUUCUCGAGCGGCACCAAGAGUUUAGGCUGGGAAGAACUGGCUCUCUCGUGACGCUCCGCCCGCUUGUGACCGCACUCGGCAGUGCAGCCCCUUACCCCCACACUGCACGGUCCCCUCUUGGGGAGGCAGGGCUGCUGGAGUAGACGCUGGAGUGCUGGUCUCUGAAGAGUAAUCAGCUGGGACUGCAUCCUGGGUUCCCGUGUCAGCAGAUACAGGUCGUUGCCCCUUGCUCACCCCUGCCCUUCCUGCUCUUCCUACGAGGAACUGGCGGUGGGGCUGACCAGCUCCGGGCACCUCAGCCUUAUGGCUUGGGUUGGAGCCCCUGCCUCACCAUGUGGUCGCUAUUAGCUCCGGUUACUCAUCCGGAAAACCAGGACAUGAGGGUAGCUCCCUCUCAGGGAGUUUGUUAGGGCAAAACGAGAUACUGUUCUCAGGGUGCAGUGCUCAGGGAAUGGCGUCUGCAUCGCCAGUGUUAUGAUAAUUAAUAUUCGUAGAACAUAAUGGGUGUUCCCAGGCAAGCAGGGACCAAGGAGCAGUGCAUUUGUUCUUAUUGUCUGUGGCGUCCCUCGGCCAUCAGAGGGAGCUGUGCCCUUAGCCGAGGCUGGGACUGUCGCAGGUGCUCUAUUUUCGCGUCUUCUGGACGGGGGUGUGACCUUUCAAAGCCACCCUGGGGUGGGUAUUCCUGGAGCCUGGCUCCUGAUGGUCUGUAGGGACACAGGUGCUGUAGGGCCCUCAGCAAAGGCCACUGCUGAAGCCUGUAGACAUGGGUAGUUGUAGCAUGUCCAUGUUGGGAGGGCCUCAGAGAGCCACAUGUGGGAUCGUUCCACUGGGGUUGGGGCUCAGUGCUGUUCGCUGGGUAUAGAGCUAUCCUUGCCCCCCUGAUUCCAGGCUCCAACCCCCUUCUCUGAGCCCAGAGCAAGGUCCUCCUGCCUCUGAGCCCACCCCUAGUUUGGUCAGGGCUCCGUCUGGGGCUGGAGGUGGCACACAGGAAUUUUCAGGGCUGACCCUAUACUUCCCACCUGCCCUAUAAUCACCUGUUUACCUGUGGUCUCCUUUCUUGAGAUGAGCUCCCCCUGGGCAAAGCUGGCCCAACUACAUCUUGUCGGUGAGCCCAGCAGGAGCCUGGCACAGAGAAUGCUCAAGAAAGUUUUGAGAGCAGAGCCCUUCUCCAAUUUGUUGGACCCAGCUACUGGCCAGCAGCCCCACAGCCCGCUUUCCUACCCUGUGUCUCGUGGGGCCAGAGCCUGACCCGGUGUGUCCCCUCCUGGGGAAUGGGCUCUCUAGCCAUUGUAGGGAGGAGCCUCAGUUUGCUGUGUGCUCUGUCCUGGGCCUGGCCUUAGGCAGUGCCCUGGGGCAGCUCCCCAUCUGGUGAGUGGAGGAAGGGGCCCCAGACCCACAGGCGGGAGGUCUGUCAUCCAUGCUGUGGCAGGUCUGUGUUCGUCUCUGGGCUGAAGGUUCCUCCUGCAGGAUGUCAGGGCACCGGGCCUGGCUGGUCUCGAGCCUUCAAGGGCCAGGAGGCAGAUCUCCAGGAGCUUGGGUCCCCAGGGGGUUGGAGCAGAGCAAAGUGCUCCUGGCUAAUUGCACUCUGCCUCCGGGUGCUGUUGUGGUGACAGCUCCCGGGUCCUAGAAGGAGGCAGGAGGCCCUGGGGAGCCUAUUACUGUGCCUUGCCUCCCGUCCUGUCCCUGCUGACCGGGCCCUGUUUGUUGUCACCCCUCACUUUAGGGCCCGUUACCCUGCAGGGCCUCCCCUGCCCCACCCUGUUUCCUCCAUGGAACAGGGGUGUUCGGCCUGAGCUGCACCCCUGCUCCCCCCAGCCUCCUCACUCUGGGGAUGCCUAACCUCACAUGCUGCUGCAUCGUGCCCUCAACACCCGUACCCCCUCCUCCAGGAAGCCACCCCCUUACCUCUAGUUCUUGAUGCAGCCUGGGGCUGGCGGGCACAGGAUUUGAAACCAGCCAGGCCUGGGUGUGAUUCUGGCUUGGGUCCAUGUCGUUACAUGCCAUCGGGCAGGUCAGGUUCCUACCCCUCGCCUUGGUGUCAACCUGACCUUUCUAGUCCCCAGAGUUGUAGGAGGAAGAAAGAGCCUGUUGGGGGGUGGGGGGGAACCUGUGGCAUUUCACGGCAAUUUACAUGUGUUAAAUCCUCCUCCCUGCCCCACCUCUGUGUGCCCCGCCUGUUUCUCUGUUCUGUGAUGCACCCCUUGGCAGUGGGCCUCCCCCUCCUAUGGGAUCCCUGGUAGGGGCAUAUUGGUCUCCUCACCUUGACUGUACAUUCUCUGAGGGUGGGACAGUGGGCUUUCGGGUGACCAGGUUUUGUGGACCAGAAAUCAGGAUGUGGCAGUGGGACAGGGCAUCUGCUAUCAAGCGUGACCUGGCCCAAGCCAGACCCAAGGUCCUUUGUGAGCUCACCUCCCCCCAGAGUCUGGUGCAGCCCCAGGCCUGAUCCCUGCCCCGAGCCUCUCUGGCCGGAGGACAGGAAGAGAGCAGAGAGAAAGUGAGGGCCUGGAUGUCUGAGAGGGGAGUGCUGCGGGGUGGCCGGUCCUGGGGCUCGGCCUGGGAGAGGCACCUGGUGGCAGGGCUUGGGCUCUUUUUUAGUUCUAUUUAAAAUGGUUCCCAUCCCACCCCUGCCCCUGUUACAUGAGCAUUUCAUGCCCUUUAGCUUCGUGGCAGUUCGCUCAUCCCAGUUUAACUGAGCACCAGCUAUGCCCCGAGCACCAUUCUAGGUACUGGGGACAGAAGGUUUGAAUAAAUACAACGUUGCUUAAGGUUUUCUUUAGCCAGAAACAGCCAGCGUUAAGGGGUUGCUGUAUUUCCCUCUCGUCAGUUUUUCCAGUUGGGGUUAAAGGGGUGUUUGUUUUGUUUUUCAGUAUGUAGUUUUACAAUCACAUAUGCAACUUGGUCCCUUGCUUUUCUCCUGCGUUCAUCCCUAUGCCAGGCUUUAGUGGGUCUUCCCAAGGUGUCUGGGGGCGGAGCAGAGAUCUGUGGAUGGCAGUGGGCCCAGCCCCACCUGCAGCCUCCUGCCCCCUUCCUUUCCUCCCUUCCCACUCGGGCCUUCCUCACCUUUCGCCGCCCCUCCCUCCUGCCCUGUGUGGCUGAGGCCCAGACGACUUCCACCUUCAGCCUCCUCCGGUGGGUCGGUAACCCAAGCAGGCCGAGACCAGGCUCUCCCCAGGGUCCCCACCAGUAGAAACUGAACGCCUCCCCCAGCAUCCCACAGGUCCAGAGAUGGGGCUGGCAUCCUCUCUUUCCUCAGUGCUGCUUCCAGACCGCACCCUCCACUUGUAAACCCCUCCAGGCUUAUGCCAUUUGCUCCCUACGCUCCACAGCCACCCAGCUGCCACUCAGGCACCGAGGGCUCGGCACCACCAAUUCCCCAGCCUUUUCCACCCCAAAUACUGCUGUGUCCCAGGGAUUCCUCUGCCUGUGCGGCUGGCACCCCGCCCUCACCAUCCCAGCCUCAGAUCCUGUCUGUGUCCCCAUCAGCCUUCACUCUCAGCCACCCUCACCUUCCAGGCAUCUCCCUCAUCCUGCACUUUGACACACACCUGCCCCCAAACCUCAUUUUUGGCUUCAGUCAUGUCUCUGUUCUCUCCCAUCUACGCAGAUGUCUUCCUGUGGUCGACCUUGGCCCCUAACACAUCAGUUCUCUUAUCGGUGUUAUUUAUUCAUUAUUUAUUCAACAAGCAUUUUCCCAGAACCUCCUGUGUGGCAUGCUCUGUUCUGGGUGCUGGCUUAAUUUAACAGUAAUUCCUCAGCCGUGUUGCUCCCUGCAGCUAGAAAGGUUCUGUGAGGGUCAGGCAGUUUGGCUUCUUGCAUUCUCUCGAAUACCCUCGGGGAAUUGCCGCCAGUGACCCCCAGAGCUGAUCUCAGGGCUCUAGGUGUUAUCUUAACAGGACCAGAUGCUCUGUCUCCCUUGGUGACCUUGGCGAUACUCUUGUUCAUGUAGCCCAAGAUCCCACUGGCUGAUUUAGCCUCCAUCUAGCAGUAGUCUGUGCUUGUGGUCCACUAGACGCUUCAGAUCGUUUUCAGCUCUUAACACUUUGGCCUGUGCCUCUGUCCUCUUUUCUGCGUGUGGCAUGCCAUGGCACCUUCCCCUCUCCCCUACCCUGCUCCCAGAUGCACUCACGUAUUCCACUUCUUCCAUUGACCGGAACGUAAUAGCUGAACUGAUUGCACCUCAGGCACUGGAGAUACAGACGUUUGUCAGAUUGUUCCUCAGCCUCAAGUCUCCCGGGGGAGACUGAGGCUUGAUAUAGGUGGAAUAAGUGGUGGGAUUCUAGUGGGAGGAGACCUGGGCAUGGGGCUGCCGUGGGGUGCAGCGUGGAGGCAGGGCCGGCAGGCAGGAAUCACGUGGGUCAGUGAUUCUCCAAGCACCGUCCCUGGACCGGCCGCGUCAGCAUCACCCGGGAGGCUGGUCGAAGUGCAGAUUCCUAGGCCUUGUCCGCCCUGUUAAGUCAGAAGCGCUGGGGCUGGAGCCCAGCAAUCGUGUUUCAGUCCUGCAGCUGAUUCUGAUGACCUCUGAAGUUUGGGAACAGGGGUUUAGGUCAGAGAUGGUGGUGGCCAGGCCAGUCCUGGUAGUGGGGCUGCGGGGAGGGCUCUCAGGGACCCUGGGAAUGGGAUCGAAGGCCUUGGGGGUUGAGUGUGGAGUGGUGAGGGUGACUCUGGGUCAGAGUGGCUACAGGGUUUGUCUAGGGUGACUUUACAUCUCAAAUCAGUAGGCCUCUCCUUCCUUGCUCCCCCCUACCCUCCUGCCAGGGUGUCCCCAGUAAAGCCUCUCUCCCUACAGUGAGCGGCUGCUCCCCACCUCCCACCCCUUCUUACUGCCCCACGCAGCCUCCCUCCUUCACAAACGAGCGCUCCCAGCCCUUCCCUGGGAGUCAGGUAGUCGGGGCGGUUACCACAGCAAGUGACAUCAGCAGUCUGGUCCCCGAGGAGACCGGCCGCCUCCCGCCUGCCUCCAGUGCCUGUGUUACAGCCUUUUCGAGGCAUAGAGAGGAGGCGUUUGGGGACUCCCACCCCCAUUUUGAGGGUUGGGCAGGGCCGGGAAGGGCCAGUGGCCAAGAGGGGAGGGGACGGGGGAGGGCGGAGGGGUAGGUGGGGCGUCUUUGGUGGCCUCUCGCCCUGGCAGCGAAGGCCUGGCACACCGGGCUCCCAGACGGCAGAGGAACAGCAGCAGCUGGGCAUGGCGGAGGACGGGCCCAAGCCACCGCAGCUCAACAUGCCCCUGGUCCUGGACCACGACCUGACCAGGCAGAUGCGGCUGCGCGUGGAGAGCCUGAAGCAGCGCGGGGAGAAGCGCCAGGACGGCGAGAAGCUGCUGCGGCCGGCCGAGUCCGUGUACCGCCUUGACUUCAUCCAGCAGCAGAAGCUGCAGUUCGAGCGCUGGGACGUCGUGCUGGACAAGCCGGGCAAGGUCACCAUCACGGGUACCUCCCAGAACUGGACGCCCGACCUCACCAACCUCAUGACGCGCCAGCUGCUGGACCCUGCUGCCAUCUUCUGGCACAAGGAGGACUCGGACACCAUGGAUUGGAAUGAGGCCGAUGCCCUGGAGUUCGGGGAGCGCCUGUCGGACCUGGCCAAGAUCCGCAAGGUCAUGUACUUCCUCAUCGCCUUCAGCGAGGGCCUGGAACCCGCCGACCUCAAGGCCUCCGUGGUCUUUAACCAGCUCUGACGGCAGCUGCUCGCUGCUGCCCCCUCCCCGUGCCAGCCCUGCCCGUGCCCCCUGCCCCGAGGCGUGUGUUUGAGGACGUUCUUCUAGCUGCUGGCCUGUACUCAGCUCGCCCGGGACCCCCUGAGCCUGUGUCCUUCCUCCUCUCCUCUCCAUGGUGCUGGCGCUCCUGCUCACGGGAGGAAGACGCAAAGGACUUGUAGUCUAGAAGCUGGACCGGUGGCCGUUGCUUCUGCUGUAGACCAUGAAGCCUGGUUGGCCUUGUGUGGGCAGAUGGAGGGGGCCGAGCGCAUUUAUUUUCUCUCUGCUUCGCUGUCCGGACAGAGACUCCAAGAGACCGAGAGAGACAGACAUAGACACGCAGAAAGAGAGAUCCAAGUUCCCCGCCAUCGGACUUCCUCUGGAGAUGGGAGAUGGGGAGACCGACGACAGAGCGGCCUCCUUGGGGAAUCCACACGUGGGCAUUUGGCACCCUCCUGGCGACAGAAGUCCAGAGGUGAACACUCAGCCCGAGGACCCAGGAAGGCACUUACUCCUGGCCCAGGCCUGGUGUGGUCCCAUGACGCCCCAGGGGCCUCGGGACUUCAGGCAGGGUUGCUGCGCGGCUUGAUUUGGGCAGUGGGGAGUGACUGGCAGGCUAGCAGCUAUGCUUGCCAACUCUUGCUCUUUGGAGAACGACUUCAGGAGGGAGAAGUGACAGAGAGAGGACAUAUAACAUGUUACAGAGGGAUGUCUCUAUCUGUACUUGUGCACGUAUAUUGAGAGAGAGCACGCUAUAUUCAUAAGGCUAUAUUCUAGA